AUGCCAAUAUCAAACCGCUGCACGCUGCAAUCCAGUAUAACCGUUUGCGUGUUCGCCCACCGAGUGCCCGUGGAAAUGACCGGCUAUACGCAACGGCACGUCACCGCAGCUUUCUACGGCUACACUGCCAAUAGCAAAUUGAAAAUGGGAUUCGACGCGUUCGAUCCCGAGAAGAAGGGUUCCAUCACCACCGACAUGGUCGGCACCAUUUUGGGAAUGAUGAGUAUGAAAAUUCCAACGGACGAACUGCAAUUGGUCAUUGCUGAAUUCGACCCAUUCGGAUCCGGGGAACUUAGCUUUCAAGAGUUUUGUGGCUUGGCUUCCCGAUACAUGGAGGAGGACACUGACACGGAGGCGAUGCAGCAAGAGUUACGCGAAGCAUUCCGCUUGUACGACAAAGAGGGAAACGGUUAUAUCACCACCGACGUAUUCAGAGACAUUCUUCACGAACUAGAUGAUGCACUGUCCCCUGACGAGUUGGACAUGAUCAUCGAUGAAGUGGAUGCUGAUGGCUCAGGAACGGUCGAUUUCGAAGUCUUGAAGAAGGCUUUCGAUGCCUUCGACCACGACAAAAAGGGUAGCAUCGGUACCGACAUGGUGGGUACGAUAUUGACCAUGUUGGGCUACGAGCUGAGCGAGAAAACGUUGAAAGAAAUCAUCACGGAAGUGGACGAAGAUGGGUCCGGCCAACUGGAAUUCGAAGAGUUCUGCACCCUGGCUGCCAGAUUCUUAGUGGAGGAGGACUCGGAAGCGAUGCAGCAGGAGUUACGCGAGGCAUUCCGAUUAUACGACAAAGAAGGGAACGGAUACAUAACAACCGAAGUGUUCCGCGACAUUCUUCACGAGCUGGACGACAAACUGACGCCACAGGAAUUGGACAUGAUGAUCGAGGAGAUCGACGCUGACGGGUCAGGAACGCUCGAUUUCGACGAGUUCAUGGAAGUUAUGACCGGUGGUGACGACUAGAUUACACGGUGUCUAAUUAGGACGGACAGCGGCUACGAUUAAGCGCGACAACGAUUGGCACGAACGCUGGCCUCGCACCUGGAUACCAGAGGCAUGGUCGACGCGUACAACUACGCGUGGUUUCGAACUGAAAACCGUUUCCGAUUCCCAUUUCCCAUCGACCGUAUCUCCAACCUGUUCGGCGAAUAACGUCGAAUUAUACCGGGAUCGUAAAGUGGUAUCGCGAACGCAAUAAAGGCGAACGAAUGGUUCAAUAAAAAUUUCCCAAAAUGAAAAAAAAAGGCUCUCUUUGAUUGCAACUGGUCGAGUGGAAAUGCAGGAUGUUAAACCUGCGAUAUUCCUGCUGUAACCCUAAAACCACGUGGCCAGGAGCGAAAGUUUACGAGGUCUUGUUUGUCGUAUCGAUUUGACGCCUGAACAGCUGCAACUGGAUCCUUACUCGAGGUGUACGUUCGAAAGUAUUCACGGGGCAGCUACGCCAGAGAGAACGACAGUGAAAUUCAAGAGAAAAUCUGUCUCAAUUAUUUUUAUUUGACACGUGAUCAGUAUA